GGAAAGUUCUGUGACAGAUGUGAACAGAACGCUUUUAAUUAUACCGCGUCUGGUUGUUUGCCUUGUAAUUGUAACAAUGAUGGUUCAAUUGAUCUCCAGUGUGACUCGGUAGGCGAUUUAUAAUCUCUUUUUGAAUCGUUUUUUUGUAGAUUUUCAAGUAUCAUAGUCAUACCUCAUGCAUUGUUUCUUAAAAAUGUUUGCCUAAACUUUCUAGGUCCAGUUUGUUAAUCCUUGUUAACCUUCUCUCUGAUCGAUCCUUCAAAAAUGUCUCUUUUUACAUCCAGGGUACCCCUGUUUAUAUAGUUUUCCACUAAUUUAAGGCAAAAUUCUACUUUAAAAUAUGACUUUUGUACUUCCUAUUUUCACAUUAAUUUAGAUACAUGGAAAUUGCAGCUGUAAAUCAAACGUGAUUGGUAAAAAGUGUGACAUUUGUACUGCGGGCUUAUUUGAUGUUCAGAAAGGUUGUUUGGGUAAGACUUCUUUUCUAAUAACUAAUUCAAGCGAUUCAAAUUCAGACAAGUCAGUAACUUGAUGGUUUUUGUGUAAACUGUGCAACCGUAGCUUGACUUUUUACCUAGCUGUAAUAGGGACUAUUUUCAAGCUCAAAGGCUUUAAAGCAUUUCAGGUCAAGGGAACAACCAAAUUUCAUAGGGAUGCAUGGGGCUGAAACUGUAUGUGAGAAGAAUGCAAUAACUGAAACAGAUUGCACACCCUCUUCCUGUUAAAUGACGGUUUGAAGUUUUCUCAUAGAGAUAUAUAUAUAUAUAUAUAUAUAUAUAAAUAAUUUUUUUGUGACAAGCUCCAAUUAGAAUUUAUUAAGAUUCAAAUAUUAGUUACUUCGCUUUCAUAAUAAUUAAAUUUAUUUACCUUGAUUACCAGGUGUGUCUACGCAAGUCUUGUUUUGUGGAUUUGAAGUUUUAACGAAAAUGCUUGCUCAGCACAAUGCUAACUAGCAAACGGACGUGCUUUAAGUCACAUCACUCGAAAAAAGACGAUCAUUUUCAUACAGCGAAAAGAGAGUUAAAGGGAAAUUCUGUACAGCUCACUGACAGAAUGUUAAAGGGAAGUUCCCUAUAGCUCACUGAGAGAAUGUAAAGGGGAAAUCUCGUAAAGCUUACAUGCAGGAAGAAUGGGAAAGGAAAAUCUCAAAUAGCUAACUGAAGGAAUGCAAAAAGGAUAUCCUGUAUAGCUCACUGAGAAGAGGUAAAAUGGAAAUCUCGUUUAAACUUGCCGCAAGAAUGUAACAGGGAAAUUCUGUAUAGCUCACUAAACUCUAAGGAGGUAGUCGCCACUGACUAGGUAGGAACGAGACAGUUUGUUGAGUGUAUGGCAAUAUAACGUACAACCAGUUGCUACAUUUGUUUUUCAGUUUGUAACUGUAGCUCUGUGGGGUCAAACAACCCUGGUGAAUGUGACAGAUAUAGCGGACAAUGUUCCUGCAAGCCUAAUGUGAUUGGUCGCACUUGUGACCACUGUAAACCUAACUAUUUUAACUUCACUUCUGGUCAAGGUUGUCAAGGUAAGGCAAACAAAUUUGUUGUAUUUAAACAAAAUACUGAGACCAAAGUAAAACGUUUAUUUUUGGAGAAAACACUGAUCCAUAUUUUUCCCCGUGGAAUAUAAUCCACAAUGAAGCAAAGUUUAGCGAUUAAACAAACUCCACAAAGUUUACGAAGGCCAUUGGGAAAAAAACUUUGUCAAUAUCAGUAUCUGGGCACCUACCCCUCCCCUAACCCAGCAUUAACCUUAACUUGUUGUCAAUUGACUGUUGUUGAGUUAGGGGAGGGUUAGGUGGGCAGUUGCCCACAUACUGAUAUUGAUCCAAAAAACUUAACCACUCAAAAAAAAAGGCCUUUUAGAAUUAAUACUGAGAGGAUAAGGCGUAGCCCACCAGGACCAUUAGUAGCUCAAAACUGUCAACUUUCAGCUUGCAACUGUUCGAUUGUUGGUGCAGUGAACAGCCAGUGUAACAACAUGACUGGUUUGUGUUCCUGUCAUUCUCAUGUGACGGGAAAGUUGUGUGACAGAUGUGAACAGAACGCUUUCAAUUAUACGUCUUCUGGUUGUACGCCUUGUAACUGUGAUAUUGAAAGCUCCACUGAUCUUCAGUGUGACUUGGUAAGCAUACACAGUCUCUUUUUCAUUCGUUAAAUCAUAACCAUUAUCAUUUCCUUAAAUGUGAUUGGUGCAUUAGCUGCUUUAUUUUUCACUAAUCAUUCUAUAUAGCUGCAAUUUUGGACAGUUGGCUGUAACUGGAUACCUGUAUCCGGACAGUUGAAGCAGGCAGUCGCACUUAGUCCUUUCAGCCAAAUCCACCAAUCACAGAAUUGAUCACAAUAACCAUAGCAACAACCACCUAUACAAAAGAAAGACUAAGGAAUUCCCAAAAUUGAUGAAUUUUUUACUGUAGACAUUUUUUCUACCGGAGAUAUUUGUCCUAAUGUAUUUGUUGUUUUCAGAAAUUGCAACGGUUAUGAUUAGUUGGUAAAAGGACUUCGUGUCGUCCAGUUCUGUCUGUAAUCAUACUCGUGAUUAACAACUCGUGGUCCCGCUUCGCGGUUACCUGAUUUUGUUUAUCACUGGUAUAAUUACAGACCGAAUUAUAAUAAGCAUAAUGUUACAUCUAUUAUGGAGCGCUCCUUCUUCUUUAACGAUCCGCGUCACUUCUCGCCUUUCUCUUUACCUUUCCUCAACGAAGAAAUAAUUAUUUUAAGGUCUCCUCCUAUCUUGACCUGUCUGAAGGAAACAACACUGUGAGGUAGUUCUUUCAUGGAACGUGGCUUAGUGUUAAGGACAUUUAUGUGGGGAACAUUUAUAUCCAUCUCGGAAAGCAUUUGUUAUAUAUUUGGCAAUAUUUUCUUUCCUUAUAUCACAUGAUUAGACAUACGGGAACUGUAGCUGUAGACCUAAAUUGAUUGGUAAGAAGUGUGAUGUGUGCAGUCCAGGCUUCUUCGAUGCAAAGCAGGGUUGUUUAGGUACGAUUUCUAUAAUUAUUGAUUUGUAAGAAAUAAGAAUUUCUCAAAUGGCUAUUGUAAGCUGAACAAUUAUGGUCAAGACGGAUAAGAAUUUUGUGAUAGCUGAAACGCACCCCACCCGGACACCACGUUUUCUCAGGCUACAGAAAAAGUGUGUAAUCAUGUACCUGAUACUGCUACUAAGCGAUCUCCAUUUUAUAGGGUCCGUUAAUCAGUCUUCAAGAAUCGAAACUAAAACUGCUUUAACCUUAGAAUAUUUCAGAUAUUCUGAAGGGAAACUUUUGAGAAUAAUACCUUUCCAGAUGAUCAUAAUUUGAUUUGCAGCAGUACCAAAUAAAAAUAAUAAUAAUGGUAGUAAUAAUAAUAAUAAUAAUAACAAUAAUAAUAAUAAUAAUAAUAAUAAAGAGGAUGACGAUAAUAAUAAUGAAACGGCUAGUCAUCACCGUGAUCAUGAGUAGCCGUUUCAUUAUUAUUAUCGUCAUCCUCUUUAUUAUUAUUGUUAUUAUUAUUAUUAUUAUUUAAAAAAAGUUAUUAUUAUUAUUAUUAUUAUUGUUAUUAUUAUGGAGCAGUUAUCAAUUGACAUCGAAAGUCUCCUUCGCAGCCGUUGUUUGGUCUCGUCACGCAACGUAGUGGGGGAGAGAACGUUACGUGACGAGACCAAAAUAGACUAAGAUUGCUUUGGUUUUGCUUUACGUUGUCCCCUGAUUGGCUUAGAAAACUCGAGCCACAAAGCGGAUCAAUCCUUUUGAUGUUUUCCCCGCUCUGAUUGGCCGAUAUGAUUCCUUUGCCUAUGGUUUUUCGACGCUCAGUCGAAAGGUGCUCUCUUUAUCAUAGCUAUAUUGUACUAAAGGUCACAUCAUUUUUUUAUGUAGCGUGCAACUGUAGCACAGUUGGAUCCAAAAUUCCUGAUCAGUGUGACAGAAAUAGUGGACAAUGUUCCUGCAAGCCUAAUGUUAUUGGUCGCACUUGUGAUCAGUGUGGGCCAGACUAUUUUAACUUCGCCUCCGGUCAGGGUUGCCAAGGUAUACCAGUUCGUGAUAUGCAGUACGUGCAAAUUUAAACUACCUACAAUAGAUGAAAUGAUUGAGAUUUCAUGCGGAGAACGUAAAUUGGAUAUUGCAAAAAAACAAAAAAUUUUUCUUAGGUUUUUUUUGUGCCUCCUUGGGAAAAAAUCCGCAAAAUGAAAAGGGGAGGCUAGAGUCAUUUUGCAUUAAUUUGGACUGGUUUUAACACAACUUCUUAAGGCUAGCUUUCAUCUCUUCUCAAAUUAGAACAGAUAAGACCCAAAUUUCUUCAAAUCAUAGAAAAGGCCUGAGCAUCCAAUUCUUCUUCAAUUCUUUUCGUCUUUUUUUUGUUUGUUUUGUGUUUUUGUUUUUGUUUUUACUUCUUUCAGCUUGUGCUUGUUUUUUACCUGGUGUCAACACCUCAGCGCACAGUGCCCUAUGUGACAGAGAUACUGGUCAAUGUUUCUGUAACAGUGGUGUGCUAGGAAGGACCUGUGAUAUGUGCCGUAAUCCUUCCAUGAAAUUAGGUUCCGCCAGUGAGGUUGGGUGUGUAGGUAUGUUAUUAUGACUAAAAGGAAACACAUGCUCCAGAAAUCAUAUGUUCUUUAUCUCCGCCAUGACGUGUGUACUGACAAAAUUACGACACUGAUUGCGUAUUGCUAUUCCAAUGAGUUAACUAACUUUCGAUAAUUGUUUUCAAAUUAACUGAAAAUUGGACUACAGAUGCCAUCAUUGUAAAAUGCGCCUAACAACUUCGCUGCUCACCAAAAAACGUAACAAAUUCGUACUCCUCUUCUUUUUAUCUCCAUUUUGAAUCUUACGCACAACUUUGACCGCUUACCCAUGAAGCAAGAGAGUCACACCCCACCUUUUUUCGUCCCUUGGCAAUGGCAAACUUUUCGAAUAAUGAUUUAGAACUUUCUUAAAACGCAAAAUGAUUUUUAUCGCGUGUUGUGGUUCGUUCU